ACGCCUCCGAGUGCCACCGAGCUCAGCCGAGCGGCCGGGAGUCAGUUGGGGCAGCUCGUCUUCGCCACAGAAGCAGCCCGUGGCUCUGGCGCCGCCGCCACCGCCUCCGCCUCCGCCUCCGCGGGGCCUGUGUCGGCCGCCCGCCCGCCCACCGGGGAGGGAGGGAGGGAGGCCCGCAGCGUGGGGAGAGCAGCCGGGCCACGGGUGCCGCCGCCGUCGCCGCCGCCAGGACUGACUUGCAGCUACAGAGGCAACAAGUGACUCCUUAAAGAUGCCUCAGAGCUGCAGAAGGUGAAGGGGACCUUGGAGAAGACGAUGAAGUGAGAAGAAUGUUUCUCCCAAGGACAAGAAAUGAAGAAAUGAAGCAUAGAAAGAUUAAAGAUGUUGCCCAAAGCUACAAAGGCUUAAUAAGGAGAAGUGGCUUUCUGCAAAUAACUGAUAAAACUGCCCUUAGAAGCACUUCCCAGGCCCUCAUGGAGUAGCUGGAAUUUGUACUACAAGGCUUUCUUGCCUGCUGGUUACCUGAAGUGAUUGUCGCCAUGGCCAGCAAAAGGAAGUCCACAACCCCAUGCAUGAUCCCAGUUAAGACCGUGGUGCUGCCGGGUGCCAGCACAGAGGCUCAGCCUGUGGAACCUCUGCCUGAAGGCCCCCAGCAGGAUCUUCCCUCAGAGGCACCUGAUGCCAGCAGUGAGGCAGCCUCAAACCUGGGCAGCACUGAUGGCUCUGCCCUGGCAAAUGGGCACCGGAGCACUUUGGAUGGCUAUGUGUAUUCCUGUAAGGAGUGUGAUUUCAGGUCCCAGGAUGUGACCCAUUUUGUAGGACAUAUGAACUCAGAGCACACGGACUUUAAUAAAGACCCAAAUUUUGUAUGUACAGGGUGCAAUUUCCUGGCAAAAACCCCCGAAGGGCUUUCCCUGCAUAAUGCCAAAUGUCACUCAGGGGAAGCCUGCUUUUUGUGGAAUGUGACCAAGUCAGACAAUCAUAUAGUAGUGGAGCAGCGUGUCCCUGAGAGUGCUAGCUCAUCUGUGCUAGCAGGUGAGUCUACUACUGAAGGGACUGAAAUCAUCAUUACCAAGACUCCAAUCAUGAAGAUAAUGAAAGGCAAAGCUGAAGCCAAAAAAAUCCAUAUGCUUAAAGAGAAUGCUCCUAAUCAGCCUGGGAGCGAGGCCUUGCCUAAGUCAUUGGCAGGGGAGAUAGAGGUUAAAGAGGGGGACCACACUUUUACCAAUGGGGCAGCUCCAGCCAGUCAGACAUCUGCUAAUUCCACAAAACCCCCUCAUGCUGCCAAUGGGCCCCUGAUAGGAACAGUGCCUGUAUUGCCAGCUGGUAUAGCACAGUUCCUCUCCCUCCAGCAGCAGCCCUCAGUACAUGCCCAGCACCAUACCCACCAACCCCUGCCUACAUCCAAGGCCCUUCCAAAAGUCAUGAUCCCCCUGAGCAGCAUCCCAACAUACAAUGCAGCUAUGGACUCCAACAGCUUUCUGAAGAACUCCUUCCACAAAUUCCCCUACCCAACCAAAGCUGAGCUCUGCUAUUUGACUGUGGUGACCAAGUAUCCAGAAGAACAGCUUAAGAUCUGGUUCACAGCCCAGAGGCUGAAGCAGGGAAUCAGCUGGUCUCCUGAGGAGAUUGAAGAUGCCAGGAAAAAGAUGUUCAAUACAGUCAUCCAGUCUGUGCCUCAGCCCACAAUCACAGUUCUAAACACCCCCCUUGUUGCCAGUGCUGGCAAUGUACAGCACCUCAUCCAGGCUGCUCUCCCAGGUCAUGCUGUGGGACAGCCUGAGGGCACAGCAGGGGGCCUGUUGGUCACUCAACCAUUGAUGGCCAAUGGCUUACAAGCAUCAAGCUCUUCUCUCCCUUUGACAACUGCAUCUGUACCCAAGCCAACUGUGGCACCCAUUAAUACUGUGUGUUCAAAUACAGCAUCAGCUGUGAAGGUUGUCAAUGCAGCCCAGUCACUCCUCACAGCAUGCCCCAGCAUAACUUCCCAAGCUUUCCUUGAUGCAAACAUCUACAAAAAUAAGAAGUCUCAUGAACAGCUGUCAGCUCUGAAAGGAAGCUUCUGUCGGAACCAGUUUCCUGGGCAGAGUGAAGUGGAGCAUCUGACCAAAGUGACAGGCCUCAGUACUAGAGAGGUGCGGAAGUGGUUCAGUGACCGGAGGUAUCACUGCCGGAACCUGAAGGGCUCCAGGGCCAUGAUGCCCGGAGAGCAUGGCUCUGUUCUCAUUGACUCUGUGCCAGAGGUACCCUUUCCCCUGUCAUCUAAAGUUCCAGAGGUGACCUGUAUCCCAACAGCAACCUCACUAGUAAGCCACCCUGCCACCAAAAGACAAUCUUGGCACCAGACCCCAGACUUCACGCCAACCAAAUACAAAGAGAGAGCCCCAGAGCAGCUGCGGGUCCUGGAGAACAGCUUUGCACAAAACCCACUCCCCCCAGAGGAGGAGCUGGACCGCCUAAGAAGUGAAACAAAAAUGACCCGCAGGGAAAUUGAUGGCUGGUUUUCAGAGAGACGGAAAAAGGUGAAUGCCGAGGAGACAAAGAAGGCUGCUGGGCAUGUGCCUAAGGAGGAGGAGGGUACUGAGCAGGAGGGUGGAGAGGAAGAGCUGGCCAGUGAACUGAAGGCUCCUGGUGAAAAUGGCUCUCCUGAAAUGUUUCUUAGCCAUAGCUUGGCAGAACGGAAGGUCAGCCCCAUCAAAAUCAACCUCAAGAACCUGCGGGUCACUGAAGCUAGUGGCAAGAGUGAGUUUCCAGGCAUGGGUGUCUGUGAGCCUGAGGAAGAUGGUUUGAACAAGUUGGUAGAACAGCUGCCAAGCAAAGUAAGCUACAAAAAGACUGCACAACAGCGUCACUUGCUUCGGCAGCUCUUUGUUCAAACACAGUGGCCAAGCAACCAGGACUAUGACUCCAUCAUGGCCCAAACAGGGUUGCCCCGGCCAGAGGUGGUACGCUGGUUUGGAGAUAGCAGGUAUGCCCUUAAGAAUGGCCAGCUCAAGUGGUACGAAGACUAUAAGAGGGGCAACUUCCCACCAGGUUUGCUGGUCAUAGCCCCUGGCAAUCGAGAGCUGCUGCAAGAUUAUUACAUGACACACAAGAUGUUGUGUGAGGAGGACCUGCAGACCCUCUGCGACAAGACCCAGAUGAGUGCCCAGCAGGUCAAGCAGUGGUUUGCUGAGAAAAUGGGUGAAGAGACCCGGGCUGUGGCAGAUACAAGCAGUGAGGAUCAGGGCCCUGGAAAUGGAGAGCCUGUGGCAGUUCACAAGGUGCUAGGUGAUGCCUGUUCAGAGCUGUCUGAGAACAGUGAAUCAUGGGAGCCAAGUGCUCCUGAGGCCAGCUCAGGGCCCUUUGACACUUCAAGUCCCCAGUCUGGACGUCAACUCGAAACGGACUGAAUUUGAUCUGAUAACUGUGAAGGACCAGCCAGUCUGGGAUGCUGUCUGCCAUGUGGAAGGGCCAAACCUGCCACAUAUCAUCUUGAUGGCCAGCUGCCAGGCACCAGGAGAGCCUCUGGAAUCUCUCUGAGCCCAGAACCUGCCGCCGCCCCAACUACCCUCUGCCUGACACUUCUAAGCAAGUAGCAAUGGUUUCUCAUCAGCCCAUCCUUCCACAGUUUGGCCUCCCAAGGACAAAGCAGUUCAGAUUGCAUAUACCUAGACCCAGAAUCAAGUUGUUAGCAUAUACAGCUGCCUAUAUACAUUUAAUAAAGCAUCCUACUACAGACAUUUUCAAUACAUAGGAACUUGGGUUACCAAAGCAGUACAGCUCUGACAAUGCCAUGUCUGUUCUCUGGGAAGCUGAGACCACAGGGACCCUUGUCCUCUGCAGCAGCAGGAGUCUCGGCAUGCUCAGAACUGCACCAGGCCUGGCCCUACUUGUCUUCUCAAGGGAACAGACUAUUGGAAGAGAUACCUGCAUCACUGAGUGGAGGAAAGCCACAUUUUGUACCAGGCUUGUCUUGUGUUCUGAUUGACACAGAGCCCACUGUUACCUUCAGUAACACAGCCAAGCUAUGACAUUACCACUGGAUGUGAACCACUCUCUUUAGUUAACUAUAAUUUUGCUUUUCUGUGGAGUUUGAAUCAUGGACCAACUUCUCCAUUAUCAGAUAAACUAAAGAAACUAUUGUUGUAACGCAUACUGACCUGUAUGCUCCCUUCAGCCCUUCAAUUAAGUCUCCUUUAGAACAAAAGGAAAAGUGGUCAAAGUAGAGCCAAUUGCUGUGGCUUUGGCCACGAACGUGCUCAAUGCCUCCUGCAGGUCAAGAGGAAGUCCAUGCGGGUGGCUGGGGGGAAGAAUGAGGCUGAAGGGCUUAGGAGAUCUGAAGCGGCUAGAGCUAGAGUGGUCUUGAACACACAGACCUGCAGGUCAGAGUUCCUGGCAAAAUGCCUUGGUCACACACCAACAGCCCUGGCCAGCUACUGGUUUCAUGAUCCGGAGGUGCUGGACAUCACUGGACAGAUUCCUAUGAGGGUGUUUUUAAAGUUCCACAUUUAUAUUCCCAACUUGAGAAACAAGUACUCUAUCUACUUUUGCCUAAGCCUCAUGUCUUUUUAAUUAAAAUCUCAAGAAAUGGUGCCUUUGAAACAAUGGAAAACUUGCUUAGGGAGCUGUACUAAGCAUCAGAACCCCAGUUUCUCCUAGGCUGGCUUCUCUAAGAGCAGUAGACACAGCAGGGCAGGGGAGGGAAAGAUGACAAACAGGAUGUGUCAUCCAUGGCCACACUUACCUCUUGGAGACUCACUCCAUCAGGACACCCACAGGCAAGGCAAGAGCUUUGACCAAGAAGCAGUGGUCAACUAGGUGCUCUCAUAACCGCCCCUCCCAGGAGAGGGGAGUAGUCCGAGGAUGAACAUGGCGGCCUUCAGCCUUUUAAGAAAGAGGGCUUUCUUUGAAACCCAGGGCCCUGGAACCUUUAUAAGAUGUUCCUCUUGCCCUUCCUGUUCCCAUAGGAAUGGCCUCACAUUUGAUUGGGGAUUUUUGUUUUAUUUUUGUGUUUUUUUCUUUUUUCUUGCUUUCUUUGUUUUUUUGUUUUUGUUUUUUUUUUUUUAAACUACUUGCCAAGUUUUGCAGCCUAUUUUUGUAUCCUUUCUGUUUGGGAAGCUAUUUGGCCCCAAACCUUGAGGAUUUGGAAAGAAUGGUGAGUGAUUGUUGUCCUUCAAAGAACAGAUGCCUGAACAUUUUCCUUUGGUGUCUGUAUAUGUGCCGAUUUACAUAUCCAUAUAUACAGGACACAUACUUAUUUGAUACUUAAUUCAUAAAAAUGUACAUCUGGUGUACAUUUGAGCUUCAUGUAGAUCCCUAGGGGGAAGCAGUCUGUGUGUGAAGAGAACAAUACACUGGGCAGCUGGAGCAGCAGAGGAAGCCAUCUCCUGUCUAAGAAAGCAUCUGUGUCUCACCUGAGCCUGGAUGCCUGCUGGAGUUCACCUCCAGAGCCCUGCUGCACUAGCUGAAUGGUAGACUCUGUAACAAAGUCUGAACUAAUUACACGGAUCAGAAACAUUAAGUUAUUUGGUGGACAUUAUGCAGGACACAGAGCAACCUGGUCUUGGGCACUAGAUAGUCUUCUGGAUGGGAAGUUGCAGUAACACUGGCCCCAGCACACCUUUCUCAGAGCUGAUAAUGUCAAGAUUGUCCAGGUAAGAAACGCAUUAGACUAAAUGGACCUUGCUUCCUUUGUUCUUGGAUGGGGGAGGGAAAUUGUGGCUUGGACUUUAUUUGAUAGGUAUGGUGAGGGAGGUGGUCAUGGAGUAGGCACUUCAGGGAAGGGCUUUGGAUACCAAACAAUGCACUGACAGAGGAGUUGGGGUGUAGGUUGGCAGCUGCCAAGCCUGUGAUUACUGUGUGACAUCACAGUGGCCUUGUACAGUUGGAGGCUCAAGUUGUUCCAUGUGCCUUCAGUAGAAGGCUAGCUGUGGCUGCUGAGAUGGGGUGGAAUGUGCUUCUAAUAAGAUGUGCUUUGUGAGCUGGUGAGUCUUGAACUAUCUUCUGCACUCUCUUGGACUUACCAGAGGCAGUAUAUUCUAAGUGUUUUUUGUUGUUGUUGUUGUUGCUAGUCUUGUAUGUUGAUUUUUUUCUACUCAUAUAUGUUUUGUCAGUUCCUUUAUAAACCAGAACCAAUUCUAACAGAAACCUAAACUUAUACAUUGCUUUUUGUAUUAUUUUGUAAUGUUUUGAUCAGAGAUUUUUCUUUUGGAAGUUGGGUGUGUUAGUGUUGGUAGUCCUUUUCCUAGAUGACUUUGAGGUCUACUAGUGACUGCCCUCCACUUUUCUCUUGGCUUAGUGACAGUGGCUGCCAGGUGAACAAAAUACCUUUGUCCGAGGGCAUCCUUCCCUCUGGAAGCACAAAGAGAAUUGGGUGGGACCUGGUAGGCAGAUACCUGUAUCCUCCAGUCUGUCUCCAGCUGACCUUGGGCGUGUGCUACCGGGAAGCUCAGUUGUACUCUCCAGACCCAGAUGGCCCUCAGAGAUUUUAUUUUUUCUGUCAGUAGCUAUGUCACACCUGUGUCCCUUCCUCUCUGCUGGCCCUAGGACAUCAGUCACAGCCAUCUCCUGUGGAGGGCAGGAGUAUGUGUGUGUGUGUGUGGGGGGGGGGAGGAACCUUUCUGGCUGGAGACUCUAGGUGUGUUCUCUAGGUGAGUGGUGAGCUGUCCCUGUCUCAAGCCUUUGCCUUUUGUCUUCCUAGUCUCUAUAUGGACCAAAAUCCUCAGACUGAAGCAGCUCAGUCAGUGCCACUGUCAAUAGCCCAAGUGUAUAAAGGUACUUUCUGGGAAACUAGCCAAGAAAAUCUUAAAACAAUACUAAAGCCACUUUGCAGAUUAACUUAUAUCACAUUCAUUUGUAAGACUCCAUUUUCUGCAGUAGUCUUCUAGAUGCAUAAAGGUCAGCUAGUCCUGGCCAAAGUUUGGCAUGCUGCCUGGUUUUUCUUAUACCAGCCUGAAGCCUUCUCUUUAGCAGCCCUGACUUAGCUUCAUCUUUUCCCUUAAAAGCACACUGUGCACCACCAUCCAGCCCAAACCUUUAUGAGGUGAUUUCCAUGUGUUACAGCACUGGAGCCCACAGGCCUUUCUAAGCACAGGUCUCCUGAGACUUCAACCUGAAUUGUCCACACUGCAAUUUCUUCUGCCAUGGUUCAAUGGAACAGGUAGGUUAAUGAGUUCUAUACUCUAGAGCUGUUGAGGGGUCUUCAGUGGCUGGGUUUAGUUUUGACUGAGUAAUGAUAGAACUGAUGAUCAUACUGUCUGCUGUUUACUACCUGGCUUACUAGCUAGAAAUCCAAAAGGAACGGGGUCCUUGGAGUCUAUUUCUGCUCCAGUCUGUGUUCCCUUGUGCCUGGCCACUAGGGAUGGCUGGCAUCUAGGUAGUGGCAAGCCCAAAUGUACUCAGAGUCCAGAACCUGUACUUAGUUGUGGAGUGAAAGCAGCACAGGGGGUGAGAAUGGUCUAGGACUGAGAGCCUGCUUUGUUCUGAGUGCUUGUUAACACUAGCCAGCAGUCCUAUGAACUUGUAUGAACUGUAUUGGUCCUCCAAUACAGGUUUUUCUAGUUCAGAGUCUAGCAGGAACACCUCUUCCCAACUCCCUAAAGUCUGGAGCAGGGAUGUAAAUCCAGAGAGUACACUUGUGCUGGCUACUACAAACUAAGGCACACUGGUUGCUACAAGGGUGUAGGCACCCGCUUCCUUGUUUUUUCCGUCUCUUCUGGAUGCAGGACUGAAUCAGCUAGAAAUCCAAAAGGAACGGGGUCCUUGGAGUCUAUUUCUGCUCCAGUCUGUGUUCCCUUGUGCCUGGCCACUAGGGAUGGCUGGCAUCUAGGUAGUGGCAAGCCCAAAUGUACUCAGAGUCCAGAACCUGUACUUAGUUGUGGAGUGAAAGCAGCACAGGGGGUGAGAAUGGUCUAGGACUGAGAGCCUGAUUCAGUGUGGUUACUACUACUCUGUCGUCUCUGCCCUCUGUGAAACAUACCUUGCUACUACUACUCUGGCAGGAGCCAGGCAGAACAGAGGGAGAACAGCUAUUUGGCAGGGACUGUGCUACAAUGAUGUCUUCCUGCUGCUUAUAAGGGUGGGCAGAUGGUAAGUCAGAACAUCUGAGAGGGGGCUGCACAUUUACCUGCUAUCAGUGCCACUUUUGUCAAGAGACUGGCAUACUCUGUCCACAGAUGGGCACCUAUAUGUUAAUAGCUUUUCUCGAUCCGUGCCUUUUAACAUGUGUUCCCUUCCAUGGAAAGUGGGUGAUUCAGAAUUAUUCAGAACUCGAGUUGAAGGUAAAAUGCCUAGGAUAAAGCCUGCUCAGACACUGAAUGUAACAAGGGCUGCCAGUGCUCUGUUCUUCCCCAAGCAAGUUCCAGAAGAGACAUGUUCAGUGGGUGACAGUCUAUGAUGUGGUCCUGCUGACUUGCAGUUGGUACUUCAGAAAGAUCUUGUCCCUAGCUCCUGUCCACACAUCUUGGUUUCGUUCUUGCAGCCCCAUAUGAGAAGGCUGGCUGCAGUGAGCACUAACACCCACUCUUUAGCAGGGUUCCAGAACAAGUUAGGUUGCUCUUUGAAAUUGGGUGGGCCAAGGGCAAGAGUGGCCACUCAGGGCACUGGUCUCUCUCCCAGGCUUCUGAGUAGCUGGCUUUGUUCAGCUUUGCCAGGAAGGCCAGACUGUGUCAUAAUUGUUAUUAAACAGAGAAAAUGAGCCAACCUUUUUCUGGCCCUUGCUGACUAUUGUUCUUUGAGUUGUCCUGACAUAGCCCUUGAGGAAAUUGGGGAGGCAGCCAAAGACCUGCAGUGUCCUUGCAGACAAUGUCUUAGUUUCUGGUCCCCAGCACCUGCUUUGUGUUCUGAUCUCAAUGUGGACAGCUUUGUUCUCAGGGGCCCCAACUGCUGAGUAGGGCUGGGGGUGAUUUGAACAGUCUGCCUUUGGUGUGCUUCAUGUCUCCCAGGAACAGCUGAAGCGACUAUCCUGGUGCUAAGUGAGGAUCACCUGCUACUGCCACCAGCUGUGAAAGCAAACUAAGAAAUAGCAUAUUCUGUCACAUAGACCUUUAUAGAGAGGGCAUUUCCUGUGUGGCCUUGGCUGGCCUCCCACCUGCCUGGUCUACUCACUUUGUAAACCAGGCUGGCCUCAGACUUGGGUGACCUUCCUGCCUCUACCUCCCAAGCACUGAGUUACAGGCAUGGGCCACACCUGGCUGGAGUGUAGAAAUCCUUCACCCUGGGAAACAUUUGAAUAGAAAGACAGCCUUUGCUUUUGGUGUGGGCUAUGUGUGGUGGGAGGUGCGAGGAUGUCCUCUUCUGUCUGAGUCUCCGGGCCUCUUAAGGUCCCCCAUGGGGAUGCUGCUAUUUCCAAGAUGCAAAUUGCACAUUUCCUAGAUUUUGUAUCUGCAUAUUUGGAUAAGGGAUGGGAUGAGGGACAAAACUGCUUGUGUAGUUUGAAUGGGCCUCAGUGGUACUUCCAAUCUUUUAACUGUUCCUAAAUAAAAAUGUACAGACA